UCUCAAUUCCCUUCUCCUCUCCUUCGACUGCAACGAAGAAGCCGAAAAAGAAGAAAAUUAAAGAUGGUCUCCACUGACUCAGCAGCCACAGCCACCACCACCACCACCACCACCACCGCCACAACCACUACCUCUCCCUCCUCUCCUCAAUCUCAAUCUUCCCCUGGCCUCUCCCCAUCUUCUCCUCCUCCCAUUGUCGUCAGCCCCUGCGCUGCCUGUAAGAUCCUCCGUCGUCGAUGUGUCGAGAAAUGCGUGCUCGCCCCUUACUUUCCUCCAACGGAACCCCUCAAGUUCACCACUGCUCAUCGAGUAUUCGGCGCAAGCAACAUCAUCAAAUUCUUACAGGAACUACCAGAAUCACAGAGGGCUGAUGCAGUGAGUAGCAUGGUUUAUGAAGCGAAUGCGAGGAUUAGAGACCCAGUUUACGGGUGUGCCGGAGCGAUUUGCCAGCUGCAGAAACAAGUGAGCGAUUUGCAGGCGCAAUUGGCAAAGACCCAAGCCGAGCUUGUCAACAUGCAUUGCCAGCAAGCAAACCUUCUGGCCUUAAUCUACAAGGAGAUGUCUCAGUCUCAACAACAGCCCAUCCAACCAUCUUUGGAUCAGUACAGCUUCAUCAGUAGCCCUCUUAACAGCUACCAAAUGAAUGGGUGUUUCACAGAAGACAACAAUCUGGGCUCAGUCUGGGAACCUCUCUGGACAUGAUUGAAGCUUGCAAGAACUAUAGGAAUCCAACUCUCCCAUCCCAAAGUUGAUGGAAGAAAGAAAAAAUGGAAACUAAUUUAUUGUAGUAAGGAUCAAUCAAGCUAAGUAGAUAGAUAAGUAUCAUGAAUAAUGAGAAAACAAGACCGACCGGAAGAAAACUCUUAGGAUCCAACAUGUCUGGGAAGAAAAAAAGAAAAGAAAAAUUAAAUUUAUGAAGAUGUUGAUGGGUUUCUUUUGGCUUUCCCUCCAUGUAAUCUUCAAAUUAAACUCAAGUGUAACUGUCUAUCUUUCUUUUGUUCUUUCAAA